GAGGAAACCCCGUUAGGCAGGCGCUCUUCAUGACGGUAAAGCAUUGCUCCCAACGGUGCGUGACGUAAUGUGGGUAUUGUGCAGUCCCUGGCAGGUUCUACGCUGGAAUAGGGGACCGAGACACAACUAAAGUGCCAGGCAAGAUUGCAGGAUUUAUAUGAUGUCUGCUCGUGCAGUUGACAUGGAUGAUGAAGAUGGACGUUGUCUGUUAGACGUAAUUUGUGACCCUCAGGCUCUGAAUGACUUCUUGCAUGGUUCAGACCAGCUCGAUGGCGAUGAUCUCCUUGAUACGACAGCUGAUCCUGCCAGCGCCUUCUUCACUGAUGCAUCUCUUAAUGUACAGGAUACGACUGUUAAUCAUUUGAACAGCGGGCAGACUCAGAAUUCCUCCAGCGCAGUCGAUCUCGAUUUCCUGGAAGAUGAUAUCCUUGGGCCAUCCCCUGGUUCCAACUUGCAGAAUUCUGACCAGCCGUGUGAUAUCUUGCAGCAGAGCUUGCAAGAGGCUAACAUCACAGAGCAGUCUUUAGAAGAGGAUGCUGAUCUGGACAUUGCCUCGCUCCAUUUCCCUUCCUUGCAGCCGGUAUCACAGGCAGCUGAUGCCUCCCAGCUUUUCUCAACUAGCACUGAUCUGAUUGGUUUGCAGCAGCAGCCCACAGUCCUUGCCCAGCAGACUCUGAUCCAGCAACAGACCAUAGGUGGCCAAGUUGUGAACAAGGCCAUCAACGUACAGCCCUUUUUGCAGCAAGUCGGACUGGGCAAUGUGACCUUGCAGCCCGUCUCGAAUCUCCAGGGGCUGCCAAAUGGAAGCCCGUCCGGGGCAUUGGGCAUCGGGCAGAUCCAAGUGGUUGGGCAGUUGUCAAACCAGUCGGUCAUGACCAUCAACCAGCCGGCACAGCAGAUCAUCACAAAGGCUGGGCAGCCUACCCAGGUGACAACUGUGCCGGUCGGGAGCUAUAUAUCUUCGCCGGCCUCGGACCAGCAGCAAGUGGCCUUGAACUCUGCUGGGGUCUCGCCUCCCAAUGCUGGACUCGUGCUCCAGAAGAGCGCCCCUCCUGGAGCGUUGAAUGGAAACUCCCUCUUUGCUGGUACAUCCAUCGCUCAGGCAAAUCAGGCGCUGACGGUCAGGCCCACCAUGAGCAAUCCCAUGACGCAGGCUCCACUCUCAGCCCAAAACGUCAUCAUUCAGAGGACCCCGACUCCGAUCCAGCCAAAGCCAACGGGAGGAGUCAUCCAGCACAAACUCUUUCAGAUUAGCUCGAAGCCGUUUGCUUCCACCAAUACUGCACUGACCAUCCAGAAUGAAACUUCACUGCAGCAGCAACAGCAGCAGCAGCAGCAACAGCAGCAACAACAAAAGGCCCAACAAAAUGUGACUUUCAUGGCAGGGAAGCCUGUGCAGAAUGUGGUUUUCUCUGCCUCCGGGACUGGGUUCCCCCAGACUAUCUCCUCCAAUGUUUUCAAGCAGCAUCAGGCGCAGCAGCAAGCCUUGGGCAAAUCCCUGAGUCUGCACCUGCAAGGUGGCAGCAUUGUCAUCCAGCCUCAGCAUAUGCAGCAGGCUAUGCUUCAGAGUCAGAACCAGUUCCUCCUGCAAGGCCAGCUGUCUGGUGCCUCAGCUGUCCCUCUUUCACAACAGCUCUCUGCCUUGCAGGCAAAUGUGGGCGGGCAGAUACUGACUGCCCAGUCUGCUGGUGGUCAGGCGCCCGCGACCCACAUCAUUGCUAGCCAGGGUCCGGCCGGUCAGCUGAUCGCCAACCAGACCUUGCCGGCUCAGAUCUUGACCAACCAGAACAUUGCCGGACAGCUGAACUUGAGCCAGGUAAUAGCAGCCCAGAAUGCUCACGGAGCAACCCAUAUCUUGUCCGCUCCCAUCCAGCUGCAGCCUGGCCCCGUGGGUCAGUCCGCAGUCUUCCAAAUGCCAGUGUCUUUAGCGAAUAGCCUGAACCCUCAGACAUCAGCACCUGUCCAGGCAACCCUGGCCGGUGGUGCCGUCAACCAGCAGAGCCAGUCAGCUGUCGUACAGGGAGUGACACUGCCCAACCAGGUCACCAUGCUGAACAGUGGAGAGAGUCUCGGACAGGCAGUGAGCAUCCAACAGCCGGCCAGCAACGCCCAGGGCUCCAGCGUCAUCCAGCAGCAAGCGGGGCCUGGCCCUGGGUUAAUGGCUCUCGGGAAUGGGCAGCCCUCGUUGCUGACUGUCCAGACUGCCAUAGCGUCUCCAGCUCAGCCAUCCCAACAGCAGCAACCCGUCCAGGCUCAGUUAGCCUCAGCCCCUCAGUCCAGCAGCAGCAGUAUGGUGCAAACGCCUGGGAAAAUUAUCAUCAGCCAGCAAGGAUCUGCGGGAGUCAUCAGCCAAGAUGCAGCUGACAUGUUCUUCCAGCAGCAGGAACAGAAACAGCAGCAGCUUUACCAGGCGGCUCUGAAACUCCAACAGGAAAAAGGCCUGAACCAGCCGUCCCCUCACAGCUUAGCACCGACUGCCACCACGAGCAGCGUCCCUGCCUCGGUUAUCGUCAGCAGUAGCAUGGGGCUGGCACCGGCCACGCCUGCGGGACACGCGGACUCCAAAGGACAAACAGUGUUGCCCUCGCUGCCGAACACUCCGUUCCAGCAGAUACGGGCUGGACAGCAGAUGGCUACGGGACAGCAAAAGACAACCUUGCAGCAGCUCCCGGUUACUUCACAGUCACCUCUACCUCAAACGCCACAGAAUGACAGCCAGCUCCAUCUGCAGAUGCAGUCGCCACACCAAAUGCAGUCUCCCCAUCAGAUGCAAUCACCGCACCAGUCACGUCCACCCUCACAGCCUCAGCCUUUGUCGAGACCUCCCUCCCGCCCUCAGUCACGUCCGUCCUCUCAGCCCCAGGUGCUGUCCAGGCCACCAUCGGAGCCCCUUUCCCGCUCUUGCACGCCAUCCCAGCUGCCCCUUCAGCCCCUGUAUGUGAUUCAGACCCAGGUCCAGUCAUCCCCGCACGGUGCCCCCCAGGGGCAGCACCCAAUGAGGCCUCCAUCACAGCCUCAUGUGCAGGUUCAGUUCCAGAACCCCCCUCAGCCUGAACCCCAGCCCCAGUCUCAAGCCCAGCUGACAUCUCCCACCCAGAUACACCUUCAGGUCCAGCCCACCCCUCAGGUCCAGAGCCAGGCCGAGGUGCAGACCCCAUCCCACCUCUUGCACCCGUCCACAGCCCCAAGCCAAGUCCCGAGCGAGCAUCAUCCAACGCAGUCUCAGUCACAGCACGUCCAGCUCCAAUUGCACUGCCAGUCCCAAGCGCAGGCCCCUCUGCAGCCCGUCUAUCAGACGCUGCAUCUCACAACGGAGCAGCAGAACCGGUUCCAGAUGGUUACGAGCCAACUUCAAUCCAUAUCUUCGAUUCCCAACCCCACCGACCAGCAUAAACACAUCAUGGAGAAGCUGCAGCAGAUGCAGCAUAACAUAAUUCUACAAGCCAAACAGUCUGCAGCGAACCAGACUGUGAGUGGGCUUGGCCCACUGAGCAAUCAGGCACCCACCAUGCUAAUCAGUAGCCAGGUGCAGUCUCCCAGUGUGCCAGCUCAGGUACAUACCACCUCAGCCAGUAUGAAGUCCCAGCCUCAUGGGGGAGGUCAAGCAGCCCUAGCAACACUGCUUCAACAGACAUCCGUCCUUGUGAAGACAUCUUCAGCAGGUACCACGACCACAACAAGGUCUCCAGACAGCAAAGUCAUCUCGGGGGGAGUACCUGGAGGCACCUGCCACAUCCAGCAGGGAGCAGCGGUCCCUAUACAGAUGAAACCUCUCGCACAGCACCAGAUUCAACCAGCCCUGCAGACAAAACCUGGAGUAAUCAGUUCAAUUUCUGGUCUGAAUAUGAACUUGACCAAAGGACCAAUCCAAAUCCAGCUUCUUGGUAAAGGACUAACACAGUUAAUGCCAGCGACCUCUGUCCCAGCACAUCAGAUGGAUAAUAAAUUGGGAGGAUCGAAGGUGCCAGUGUCCCUGAAACCAACAAAGGAAGCUGUGAUAUUGGACAGUCUUGACAAGCAUCGGAAUGCAGUGCUCCAACCGGACUACAAGUCACGUUUCCAAUCGUAUGAGGACAUGGUCCACCGGCUACUGCCAUAUCACCUUUAUCAGGGGACGUUACCAUCUGAUGAAGAACACAGGAGAGUGGAUGAAGAAUUUGAGACUGUAUCGACGCAGUUAUUAAAACGUACCCAGGCCAUGCUGAGCAAAUACCGAAUGCUGCUGUUCGAGGAGGCCAGGAGAUUGAGUCCAUCAGCUGAGAUGGUGAUGAUUGACAGGAUGUUUAUCCAGGAAGAGAAAACCUCCCUUACCACUGACAAGCAGCUAGCAAAAGAGAAACCUGAUGAAUAUGUGGCAUCUUCCUCCAGAUCCCACAGCCUGGCUACCUGUUCUCCAUCCCCCUCCUGUAACACUUCAGCUGCUUCACUGGAAACCCCUCGGGCUCCCGGUACUCAAACAGCCACACAGAUCCACCCGACAAAGUUGGUCAUCAAGCACUCUGGAGCCUCACCUUCCGUCUCGUGGGCCAAGGACGGUGACGACGAGACUCUUCACACCCGAAGUCGGCCGCCUCCGAUGAAGACGUACGAGGCUCGAAGCAGGAUCGGGCUGAAGCUUAAGAUCAAGCAGGAGGCAGGGCUUAGUAAGGUGGUUCACAACACUGCCCUUGACCCCGUCCAUCAGUCUGUCAGCACGAGCUCAGUCAUCAAAAGCACCGAAUGUUUGGUGGCAACGAGCGUCAGCCAGAUGAACGGGACUCUCGAACACGCGACGCCACCCCCAGCUGAGAACAAGCCACCUCGUAGUGCCAACUAUUGUAAGCUGCCACCGCGCAAGACUUAUCGGGAGAACGUGCAGUCACUAUCAGCUGAUCGAACUGCUGGGACCCCAUCUCAGGGUGGGACUGUUAGGGUGGAGGACAGCAGGAGAGAAACAGUGUCCAAGUGUGAGGAAUCUUCCAAAAGUGUCAUAGCCACUUGCAAAUCCGCAGAGAGUCCAAAGGUGAGAACUGCAAGAGGCAGACCUGAGGAGAGCGCAGUGGUCUCGAGUUUCAGUAGGAAGGCUCGAACACAUACACACCACCUGCCUCCCAAAUCGGAGGAGCCUCCUGGAGGAAGAGCCGAGGAUGGCACUGGGGGACUCAUGAAGGAACUGUCGGACGUUGAGGACGAGUUAAUCAUCAAAGCAGACCCUCCGGACGGGCCCUGGGAACUGGCACUCCCACCUGCCAAGCGGAGCAAGUCCGAGUCGUUCGACAUGGACAAUGCCAGUUUCUCCAGUGACAGCCCUCAGGAUGACACGCUCAAUGAGCAUUUGCAGAGUGCUAUUGACAGUAUCCUGAACUUGAGGCAACCGCAGUCCGUGUCAGUCACUCAAAACCCAGUGUCGUCUCCGUACAAUUCCUCAGAAAUGAACUCUUCGCCCUUUUCCCCCACUCCCCACUCAGACAGCUAUCUUGCACCCAAUCACAACGGAGGCCUUGGAGCUAGAACUUACACUAGAUGACUCAGUCUGUUCAACUCGUAUUUUUCCCAACAUUGGUACGAUGUCUGUGCUGUGGAACCACAACACAGCUCAUUAAAGAGAGAGUAUCCCUUUAUGUGAACCUACCGUUGUGGUAUUUUGUAAGCAUUGCAUCCAAAACAAAAAAAGAUCUUUCUCAAUGCAUUCUUGAGGCUUUUAACAUUAGUUAAAGAUGCAGUGAUAACCGUCCAGUGUAACCUGUGAUGAGAUUGCCGACUCUCACAUUGGAGCUUGUACCUGUUUUUUUAGCAGGUUGCUUGGAAGGGCCAGAGGCUGGGAGAAGGCACAACACAGUUUGCCUUUUGGGAGCCCUGUGUCCUUGCUUGAGUUCAGAGUUCAAGGGUGCAGCAACCUAAAGGUGUGAUUCAUAAGAGUUGGUUUGUGAUAAAUUCAAAGGCUAACUAGAUGAUUGACCAAUGUACCUUAACCAAAAAAAAACAAAUCCACAUACAUAUGGUUUUCUCAGUCUUCCUUGGAGUGUGCACAAUCGUUCUGAUUGUGGGAACAUUCAUCAACCCGUAAUGGAGUCAAAAGUGCCAGUACUUGUGUGAAAUGGUUUCUCCUCCUUCCUAUGGGACCUUGUAUUUUCUCCUGUCUCCACCCUGGGAGGUAGACUUGGGAUGUAACUUUCUGGUUUUCUCCUUGCCGCCAAAUGUCAUGUUGGCCCUUGUUAUCAGCUGAAGGUCAAAGCUGUGAUAACACGCUGAUCUCUGUGAAUAGGUGGAGGGGACCUAUGUAGCAUUGAUACAUACUGCAACUAUAUUUGAGCCACAAUCCAAGUUCCCAUGUCCCCCCGCCUCUACACAAUCUGAGCUGUAAUCUCUCAUUUAUAUGUAGCAUCAUUCCCUUCAGUGCCAGCCUUGCCUAAGUUCUCAAUUCCUUCUUAAAUGCCCCCUUCCUCCCCUCAGCCACUGAAGUAACUACAGGCUUUGGCAGUAGGAUGGUUUGGUGAAGACCCCUUUGGUAUUGCAGUUGGUCACUGAAUAGUGCAGAACCAACCUAGCCAUGACUUUUCCAGAGUGUUUGAGUGUGUGGCCCCUGUGCAUUUAUGGUUUUGCCUGGCUGUUCUGGGCACAUGACUUAAGGGAACUGACUAGUCCAUGGCCUAUAGAGGGACUAUUCAGUCACUCUGUGGUUGCACAAGUUUGAAUGAAGGUAAAGGACUCUGUUUUCGGAAUUCCCCCAUCUCUCUCAAACACUCUGCUUUAAGAAAUUGUCUUGUUACAUCACCCAGGGUUACCCAGUGUCACACACAUGGGCGUGUCCCUGAGAUUUUAUUGGGACAGCUCCAUUCCUCCUCCCUGAUCCACUCCAUUUGGUUUCCUGACAUGUCCAUCAUCUCAGUUUCACGCCUGACAGUCCUCCUGUUGAUCAGUCUUUCCAAGUUCACCACCUUUUCUGGAACUUCUCAUGGCCUGUUAAAAUGUCUGGGUUUAUGUUGUAUUAAUUUCCCUCCUGAGUUAUUCCCAUCAGCGUGCUGCAGAUAAACCUACAAUUUCUAGAGACCCCAGGGCAGUGCUAGGGUAGGUUGGGGGGGGGCCAAUUUUAAAACUCUCCUGUUUUGUUUCGAAAACUGAAGUGAUAUCAGGUUGCGUGAAUGUUUUGGAGCUAUCACUGAUUUGGAGCAAGUGUGGAUGUAUCUCACUGCCUCACACGCAGAGGAAGCUUUAUUCCGUAACAAUUGAUACACUCAAGAAGGGCCAUAUGUUUCUGCUGGGGAGGGUGCAAAAUUUGCCAACGCGCAUAACCUCUGGCAGAAGGGGGAAGACUGGAUUAGAAUUGGGAAGGGAAAUGUAGGAAGUCAGCUGCAAGUUAAUUGAAGCAUUUUUCUGAUAUAUUUAUAAUAUGAAUUCUGUUAAUUGCUGUUUAUCACAAAUUAAUUAGAAAUGGGCAGCGUGUGGGUUUAUUUGCUUUCAGAAUUGAGAUUGGUCAACUUAACGUCAAACUGUGUCAGCUUCAGGGAUACAGCCAGACUAGGGGAUGGGGGAAUUCCAGGAGCUGGGCUUCUGCUGGUUCCUAAUUGAAUGUGUUUUGCUGUCUUCAAUUGUUGUGCAACAGUAAAAAGGGUCAACUCCGAGGUACAGGAGGGAGUAUCCCUGUUUUUAUUUUGCUUUCUGAAGUAAGUUGGGGCAUGGGGUGGGGGAAGUAAUUUUAACAAGAUCAUGGCAUUGGCUGUUUCAGGAGAGAUGUUGAUCUUUCUGCAGGUUCUGAGUUACAUUUUCAUCUGAGAAGAAAAUCUUGUUUUUUUUAUUAUUCAUUCUGGGAUUGUGGGUUUUGUUGUCAGUGCUGGGGUUUGCUGUCCAUCUUUAAUUUCCCUUGAGAAUUGCGUGGCGUAGAGAGACACAAGGAGUAAAAGUUGUUCCCAGAUGUUGCCUCCAGUAGGGUAAUUGACAAAGGAAAGUUAUCUCGAUGUCAUGAUUGUUCUUGUGUGAGUACAGCAGGACUUGUGUAAACAUGCAGGAUUCUGCUACCUGUUGCUUUAACAAGUACUGCUGGGGCAACAGAAUUAAACACUCUGUCUCUCCAUGAGAGAUUAUAACAGCCAGCAGCAGGGUUGGAUCCUGCCCGUUCACCAGUAUGAUAUGAGGUACUUUAAUUAAAAAAAUUGUCAUCAGAGGCCCCAGUCUGUCUUGUCAGACUGUGCAAGCUGACUUGACAUCUUCUGGCCCUCUGAUACCCUACAGGUCCCAGUGGCCAACCACACCUUUGUGACAUUUCACCUGUUUGUUUGUAUGUCCCCCAUUAGGAGUAGACAUUUGCUUUACAGGUUGAAACGCUGGAAUUUCUCGUACUCCACCACUUACAUAGCCGUUAUGAUCGGUAAAUUAAUUUAAGAUUCUGUUGAUUUAAGAGAUUAGCAAAUCCCUCAAUUCUCAAAUGUUUUCAAAGGAGUUUGUGCAAACUUAUUGAGACAUUGUGAUGUAAAUUUCAGUAGGGGCUAGGUGGUUGCUUCUCUUGCCGAGUGUGUGUGUGUGUGUGUGUGUGUGUGUGUACUUCAUCUGUACUUUUGCGUUUCUCCUUCUCUCUUCCCCCUUACAUGACAACACACCACAUCCCCUACCCCCAUCCAAAACGCACGGGGAAGUACCCCUGUGUAGAUUUUGAAUUUUUUUUGUUAAAUAUAUUCCUGAUAUAAGGACAUAAACUGUUAAACUGAGGGUAGCCUGGUUAGCUCCUCAAAUACAAUAUUAAUUUGCCACCAGCUCCACAGAUGGUCAGCAUACAUAAUGUUUUACUUUAAAACAAAAAGAAAUUGAAGUGAAGAAUUUUGAGUGUUGAUGAUUAUUUAAAGGCUUAUUUCAGAUGAACUAUUAGUUUAAAAGAAGACCCUGCCUGGGAAUAGGCGCUGGAGUCCAGUUAGGAUAAUUGUAAAUGUAUGAUUUGGCUGUUAGGCUUUCAGUACUCUCUUUUAAACCAUUUUCAAGUUGGGGGAGUGGGCAAUACUGAAUGAUUGGAAGUCCCCACUGUGAAAACUCAUUUCUUGAAAGAACUGUUGUGAAUGUUAAUUUUCUUCACACUUUUGGGCAUGGUUUCAUUAUUCUGAUCGGCGCCAACACUGUGUCCACGUCUUCAGUCUUUAUUCCUUUUUUUUUCCCUCAAUUAAACUCUCCAAAUUAUGUAAAAGCAAAAUAUUGUGGAUGCUGGAAAUCUGAAAUAAAAAGGGUGCUGGAAAAAAUAGUGUAUCUCUCCAGCACUUUGUUUUUAAUCUCCAAGUUAUGUUCCAUUUUUCUGUUAGAACAAUACAAAACUUUGCCUUUUAUUUUGGCAGCUUUAAGUGUCUGUGAUUUCAAACAGACCCAAUUUCCAGUGUUAAUGAAAUGACAGCAUUAUUUAUAAACCUCAUUAUGGAACCCUGAGCUUUUUUUUAAACAGCGGUGGUAUCCUUUUUUUUCGCUCUGUAUUGGAAUGGUCUUUUUGCAAAACUUGGACAGCAAGUGUCAACAAGCUAUUUGACUGCAGAAUGCCUCACGUGAACCAGGUUCUGACCUUGUUUGGUGCCCAGGUUCGUCUCUCCUAUCAAUAGGAGAAGAUAGGAGCUGGGAUCCUGCAGGACCUGCACCUUCUUUUAAAUUUAAAGUCUGUGCCAAUGAAACACAAGAUUUAUGUAUUAUAAUCUCAAUUAUCAUUUGUUUUUGCCCAAGGACUGAGGCUGUCAGGGUUAAUGUCGAUCAGGAUGGAGUUAGCUAAUUUCAGUGGGGCUUGGGCUAGGUUAGGGGAGAGGGGCAAAGCUGCCUUUUAGCAGGAGAGGGGAAGGGUGUGUUACAUAAGUGAUUCAGAAUCAUGCGCUGCAGGAUCGUCUUCAACAUUUUAUUUACUGAUAUAUCUGCUAAACGUACAAGCAUCCCCUAUUCUGAGGGUGUUUAACAUGAUGGCUGGGCGCAGCAUGAUGGAGAAAUAGUGCUGUUGCUGUAUCAGUUAGGAUCAGAGUUGCAAAUCUUCACCAGUGCCACAACACCCACCACCCUCCCUGCCGUCCUCUUUGACAGACUGUAAACUCUACUGUCUUCUGUUAAAUCCUGGUCCUUAAUUGGACUUUGUGGCCCCUUUUGAGUUGGAUUCGUGAGUAAAUACUUUGGCAAAGUUACAAUGAAAUGUAGAAUGUUUUCCACCUUAAGACCCAAUCUGUCUGAAAAUGUGGACUGAAUGCUGCACCUUUUCUAGUUUUAAUUUUUUUUAAAAAAUAAUUUUCUUUCCUUCCCUUCAAUGUUUCUUUCCCUCCAUUUUCCUGUUAGUCUUCAGUUUCCUAAACCCCCGUCACCUCCAUCCAAUCAGUUCACCUCUCAUCCCUCCCUCCCUUUUCAUUCACAUCUUCAUGAAUUUACACUCUUCCACAUUGUGUGCCAUUUGUGAAAAAUAAUGUGCCAAUUAUUAUCAGAGUUCAUUAAUUGUCAUUUUUAAAACUUGAGUUUGUUGUUGCCUUUAUCAGUUUGGGAUGCUGCAGAGUAAUUCUGUACUUAACCCUUCCCUGUCCUAGGAGUAUUUAAUGGGGACAGUAUUGGGAGAGCUUUAUGCUGUAUCUAGCCCUUUGCUAUCCCUGUUGUGGGAGUGUUUGUUGGGGACCGUGUAGUGGGAAUUAUUUUCAUCAGAAGAAACUGAUGGUAGCGCUUUGGAGAGAUAUCCAGUGACCUCUUUAAUUUAAUUAUGUUUUGUGGAGAAAUUGAAAAUGGCAACAUUGCUUUUGUUUAACGGUUAGAUGCAUGCAGCAGUUUGAAAGCACAUGGUUAUCCUCCCUGUGUGUGGAGCUCCCAUUUGAGAGCUUUGCUGAAUUGUAUCUUUUAUCGCUGAAGUACAAAGGGGUCCCCCAUUUAUUAACGUCCAACUUCGGAGUGUGAUCCCAUACAAAGAUGUAAUUUUAAAUAUCCAACCUGUGAACAUUUCCUGUACUUAUACUGUCCUGCAUCGUGUUCCAACUUCAAACAGACUCCGGAAUGGAGCACGUUCACAUCUGGCAUUGCCUGGACAGUCCAGGGUUUGCUCUCUCCAGUGAUCACCCAAGUUCUCUCCUUAAUUCAAACAUAAGCCACUUUUGAUUGAAAAUUCUGUUCUGGAAAGCAGUAGCAAAAAUAGUCAUCUCCAAUGUUGCUUCUCUCUUUCCAACAAAGAUAGUCAAUAGUCCUUCCUAAAUGUGUGCCACCCAUUAAAGACCGAUCCCAUUCUAGUUUCAAGUUUUGUUUGACUUCUUCCCCCCCCCCCCCCUCAGAACCACUUAUUGUCAGGAACUCCUUCUCUCUAGACUAUUUCAAUCCAGAACUUGCCUCGUCAGACUACUGAAGCUGUUAUUAGUUUUGUUGCAGUUUGAUUUUAUUGACCGCCUUUGCUGUUCAUUUGUGGCUGGUGGAUGUCUGUUGUUGCAUCUCUCCAGAGACGCCGCGGGUGUAUGAAAAGGGAAGCGACGAUUGAGUUUCAUGCUGUGUCCGCAGGAACUUUGAUCAGGAUGCAGUCAUUCCUCAGUGCCCAAGAACAGCUGCCUCUGUAUUUAACCAGAAGCCUCUGUUCUCCCAGUGGAGGUGUUGGGUGUUAGUGAGAUUCAGAGUAUAUUGUGCCAUUUCAUGUUAGUGCCACUAUGAUUGUAAUUCAGGCAAAAGUUUGGGGUGAUAGUUGCCUAUUAGAAAUCAGCAUUAAUUCCGAGUGCGUGUAUUUUGUUAUUGGGGUGAGCAACCACUUCAUUGCUGUCGAUUCGCCUGUGUCCUACUAACUAGAACACUCCUGAGUCGGCAGAUUCAGCGAAUACACACAAGUCCAGGUGUUUAAAGGGAUACUGUCUCUUUUCAGCUGAUAUUAAUUCUACCUUGAAACAAAAAAAAUACGGAAAAAUCUCUCGAGCUCCCCCACCUCUUCCCCCCCACCCCCACCACACCGCAACACACCACAAAAACCUCGCCUUUCUAACUGUGUCUCGUACCCUAACAUUCCUGCAGGGGGAGGUCACAGAAAACAGUGUAUUGUCCUCGCAGUGUUCC